AUGGUGACGCUCAUUGACCAACAGGUCUUGGAGGUGAUCCGUGAUGCUGAAGUAACCUUCCCUUCUACAUAUAUCAGCACACCGGCGAGGACAAUUCGCGUUCCCACUGAUGCUCCGGUUCUUUCGCAGACCGUCGAGGUCCAUUCAGCCGCCGAUACCUUUACGUUCCCGGGUGGUGGCGUAUUCAAUGAUCGGUUCCUUGUGUGGCGUACUGUCGGCCAGAAGCUAUUUAUCGAAGAGCGGUCACUGAAGAAUACGAUGAGCAAUUCGCUGUGCUUUCACUUCACCCGCUCCUCGAUUUUGCCGGGCACAAGCUUCUCUGUGUUUUGCGACGCGCUCGUAUUGGUGGUGCCCACACAGUCUUCUAUUCACCGGUUUGUGGCACAUUUGCCGAAAAGCACUCAGUCCUACGAUGAGACCCACUCCGUUUUUGCGCUUUUUGGCGAUGAGAGUUGCCUCGGGCAGUUUCACGAAUCGCAUUUGAUUGUUUCGCAAGGCCACCCUACAAGAGCGAGCAUCGCCCAAGGUCCAAAUGCCACCAAGGCUGUAUAUUUGACGAUGGAGGGAUACCUUGUGCACAUCCAUAUGCCAAUCGACAAUGCUUGCGACGUGGAAGAGACGCUACUGAAGGAUGCGGGGAUUAUCCGACGAAUUCUGGGCGCUGGCAGUUCGGACAGCGAGUCGGCGCUUGACGUUUGCGCUCUGCCCGGAAAUGCAGAAAGG